CUUCAUUCACUCUGCAGGCUAAAAUGUUUAAAGUUUUAUAAAUAAUCUCGUUAUCAUCCGGGUAUUUACCCUAAGCGGGCGGUAAUGAUUAAGUUCAGGUUCUUCUGGAGUGAAACAGACAGAUGUGUCAGUAUUUGGACUUUAACAGGAGCUGCUGGCCGUAAAGUGAAGUAACGGUAGAUUGUGGCCAGAGGCAGCAUCGUCUUUCCUGGCUGCUUUUUUCCAGGGAACGGGUCGGUCCAUCCGGUGAGAGACUCGGGAACCGGUUACCGGGUCAAUAGCGAAAUAACUAACCCACUCAGAGAGGGUGGAGGGAGAAUGAAGAGCAUCGUUCCUCUGCAGGACAUCUCACCGUGUUAACCAGAACCAGAACCGGACCAGAACCAGAGGAGACAGCCCAGACAUGGAGGAGGACGAGGAGGAGAAGAUGAGCAGCAUGGAGGACCUGCUGGACCUGGUUCUGCAGAAAGACCUGGGCCGGCGGCUGCAGGUGGGGCCGGAGAUCACCGAGCUGCUGCUCCACCCGGACCGCUGUCCCGGGCUGGACCAGGACCAGAACCUGCUGGACAGGAUGGUGGACGCCCUGGCCAGCUCCUGGGUCAACUCCAGCAACUACAAGGUGGUUCUGCUGGGGAUGGAGGUUCUGUCGGCUCUAGUGGACCGGCUGCAGGAGAGGUUCCGGACUCAGGUGGGAACAGUCCUGCCCAGCCUGAUGGACCGGCUGGGCGACUCGAAGGACCAGGUGCGGGAGCAGGACCAGGCGCUGCUGCUGAAGGUCAUGGACCAGUCGGCCAACCCUCAGUACGUCUGGGAGCGCAUGAUGGGAGGGUUCAAGCACAAGAACAGCCGGACCAGAGAGGGGCUCUGCCUCUGCCUCAUCUCCACCCUCAACGUGUUUGGCUCUCAGAGUCUGACGCUGAAUAAAAUCGUUCCUCACAUCUGCAACCUGCUGGGAGACCCGACCAGUCAGGUCCGUGAUGCAGCCAUGUCCUGCCUGGUGGAGAUCUACCGCCACGUAGGAGAGCGAGUGAGAAUCGACCUGGGGAAGAAAGGGCUGCCUCAGUCACGGCUCAACAUGAUCUUCAGUAAGUUCGACGAGGUCCAGAGGUCAGGGGUCAUGGUGCCGUCUCCUCUGUCAGAUAAAACCUUUGAGGACGAUGAGUCGGUGGACGGCGGACGUUCCUCGUCCAGAGCAGCCUCUGUGUCUGGGAGGAAGGCGGUGAGCAUGGGCUCGUUCCGACGGCCGUCCUCGGCCUCCAGCAGCAAGUCUGCAGGGCGGGACGGAUCGAGUGCAGGAGCUGUGGAUGAGGAGGAUUUCAUCCAAGCCUUUGAGGACGUUCCCACAGUUCAGAUCUACUCCAACCGGGAGGUGGAGGAGGCCAUGACGAAGAUCCGGGACGUUCUGUCGGACGAUAAGAAGGACUGGGAGCUGAGAGUGGCCGCCCUGAAGAAGCUUCGCUCGCUGCUGCUGGCCGGAGCGCCGGAGUUCGACUGCUUCCUGCAGCAGCUGCGGCUCCUGGAGGCGUCCUUCAAGCUGUCCGCCAAAGACCUGCGGUCUCAGGUGGUCCGGGAGGCCUGCAUCACGCUGGGCCACCUGUCGGCGGUGCUGGGCAGCCGCUUCGACCACGCCGCCGAGGCCAUCAUGCCGCCCCUCCUCAACCUGGUGCCCAACAGUGCCAAAGUCAUGGCCACGUCGGGCGUGGCCGCCAUCCGCCUCAUCCUCAGACACACACACUGUCCUCGCCUCGUCCCCAUCAUCAGCAUCAGCUGCUCCUCCAAGUCUGUGGCUGUCAGAAGACGCUGCUUUGAGUUUGUGGACCUGAUGCUGCAGGAGUGGCAGACCAGCAGCCUGGACAGACAUGGAGCGAUGCUGAUGGAGACGAUAAAGAAGGGGAUCCAUGACGCUGAUGCUGAAGCUCGAUCUGUAGCCAGGAAGUGCUACUGGAGCUACCAGGGUCACUUCAGCCGGGAGGCGGAGCUUCUGUUCCAGGGUCUGGAGUCGGCCUAUCAGAGAGCUCUGCAGGCCCACCUGCGGAGCGGAGACGCCCUGGUGUCGCUGCCGGCCUCCGACCGCUCCUCGUCCUCGUCUCAGGAGAGCCUGAAUCGGCCGCUGGCCAUGAAGAGCUCAGCAGGAAGCAGCAGCAGCAGAGGUCAACAUCAAGGUCAACAUCUAGGCAGCGCCCCCCGCAGGCCGGGAGCCGUCUCGUCCCCCGGCGCUCUGCAGCGAUCCCGCAGCGACGUCGACGUCAACGCCAGCGCCAGCGCCCGCAGCAGGAUGCCCGCCGUCAGCGCCGCCGCCGCUCUUCCUCCUGGAUCCUACGCUUCGCUGGGGCGAGUCCGGACCAGGAGGACGAGCGCCGGAACCGGUGCCACGGCGACAGACGGCCGGAGCCGAGGGAAGGUCGUCUCUCAGUCCCAGCCCGGCAGCCGGUCCGGUUCUCCGGGCCGCCUGCUCAGCUCCACGUACGGCCGGAUCCUGAGGCCCGCCGCAGGCAGCAACGGCGCCCCCUGCAGCGUGAGCGACAAGACGCGACCCCGAGGUCACCGCAGCCAGGGCUGCAGCCGAGAGACCAGUCCGUCCAGAACCGCAGCCGCCCGGAGUCGGAUCCCUCGGCCCAGCAUGAGUCAGGGCUGCAGCCGGGAAACCAGUCGCGAGAGCAGCCGCGACACCAGCCCUGCCAGGGGCUUCUCCCCGCUGGCCAGCCGGCCUCAUUCCCGUUCCACCAGCGCCCUGUCCUCUGCAGAGGGCUGCUCAGACCGGCUGGCCCACCAGGCCCGGAUCUCGGCCUCCGUCAACGCCAUGCGGGUCCUGAACACGGGCACCGAGGUGGAGGCGGCCGUGGCCGACGCUCUGCUGUUGGGAGACUCCAGGAGUAGUAAGCGGCGGCCCGUCCGGCGGCGCUUCGAGUCUCCCGGGAUCUACUCUGACGACGACGCCAACAGCGACGCCUCCAGCGCCUGCUCCGAGCGCUCCUUCGGCUCCAGGAACGGCGGCGCCGGGCCCCACUUCCUGCGGCAGACGGAGGACGUGGCGGAGGUCCUGAACCACUGCGCCAGCUCCAACUGGUCGGAGAGGAAGGAGGGCCUGCUGGGCCUGCAGAACCUGCUGAAGGGCCAGAGGACGCUCAGCCGUGUGGAGCUGAAGAGACUCUGUGAGAUCUUCACCAGGAUGUUUGCAGAUCCGCACAGCAAGAGAGUGUUCAGCAUGUUCCUGGAGACGCUGGUGGACUUCAUCGUCCUGCACCGGGACGACCUGCAGGACUGGCUCUUCGUCCUGCUCACUCAGCUACUGAAGAAGAUGGGCGCCGACCUGCUGGGCUCGGUCCAGGCCAAGGUCCAGAAGGCUCUGGACGUCACCAGGGAUUCGUUCCCCCUGGAGCUGCAGUUCAACAUCCUGAUGCGCUUCAUCGUGGAUCAGACCCAGACGCCCAACCUGAAGGUCAAGGUGGCCAUCCUGCGCUACAUCGAGGCUCUGGCCCGACAGAUGGACCCGGCCGACUUCGUCAACUCCAGCGAGACGCGCCUGGCCGUCUCACGCGUCAUCACCUGGACCACCGAGCCCAAGAGCGCCGACGUCCGCAAGACGCUCCACACCUGGGCAGGUGAGGAUCGCAGCUCCGCCGCCUCUCUGCCCCGGGAGGGGCAUCUGGAGGAGAGGUGCAAGCAGGCGGCCCAGGUGGUUCUGAUCGCCCUGUUUGAGCUCAACACCCCAGAGUUCACCAUGCUGCUGGGAGCGCUGCCCAAAACCUUCCAGGACGGAACCACCAAGCUGCUGCACAGCCACCUGAGGAGCGCCAGCGCCGGCAUCGCCAUGGCGGCUCCAGGCGACUGGGCCGGCCGGACGCCUCCCCGCCCCCCCGGCGGCCGCAGCAGCCCUCUGACCUCGCCCACCAACCACGGCGGCCUCUCCCCCAGUCGGCUGUGGGGCUGGAGCGCCGACGGCCUCUCCAAAUACCCUCCUCUUCCUCCCUUCCCCUCCCCUCUUCCUCCCACUGCCUCCCUCAAGGCCUUACGGCGAGCGUACUCUCCCAGCAUGCUGGAGUACGACAGUGAAAACCUGAACACCGAGGAUCUGUACGGCUCCCUGCGCGGCGUCUCUGAGGCCAUCCAGAACUUCAGCUUCCGCAGCCAGGAGGAGCUGGUGGAGCCGCUGCGGCGGGACGGGAAGCGGGACGGAACGGCCGGCGUGGCGGCGGCGUUGGACCCAGAGCGCCGGUUCUGUGGCGACGUGACGGAGGGCGGCCGGACGGCUCUGGACAACAAGACGUCCCUGCUGAACACGCCUUCGCCUCGCUCGUUUUCCGGGCCGCGCUUCAGGGAGUACAACCCCUACAACUACACAGACGGCUCGCCGGAAAAGCCCGGCCCGGAGGACGGCGCCGAGCCGCAGAGAGACGGCCGGCGGCAGGAGUGCGGAGAAAACAAGACGCAGAACGCCAAGAGCUUUCCAGCCGGGUCGGCGGAGCAGCUGGAGCUGGUGGGGCAGCUGCUGAAGGAGCUGUCCCAGGCCGGGGACCAGGAGGACAGGCGGGGGACGCUGCUGGAGCUGCUGAAGGUGGCCCGCCAGGACAGCCUGCUGGUGUGGGACGAACACUUCAAGACCCUGCUGCUGCUGCUGCUGGAGACGCUGGGCGACAAAGACCACUCGGUCCGGGCGCUGGCUCUCCGGGUUCUGAAGGAGAUCCUGCGGAACCAGCCGGCCCGGUUCAAGAACUACGCAGAGCUGACCAUCAUGAAGACGCUGGAGGCUCACAAGGACUCUCACAAAGAGGUGGUGCGUGCGGCCGAGGAGGCGGCCUCCGCCCUGGCCGGCUCCAUCCACCCGGAGCAGUGCAUCAAGGUGCUGUGCCCCAUCGUCCAGACCACCGACUACCCCGUCAACCUGGCGGCCAUCAAGAUGCAGACUCGCGCGGUGGAGCGCGUCUGCAGGGAGCCGCUGCUGCAGCUGCUGCCGGACGUCGUCCCCGGCCUGCUGCAGGGCUACGACAACACGGAGAGCAGCGUCCGCAAGGCCAGCGUCUUCUGCCUGGUGGCCGUCUACGCCGUCAUCGGAGAGGAGCUCAAGCCCUACCUGUCCCAGCUGACCGGCAGCAAGAUGAAGCUGCUGAAUCUCUACAUCAAGAGAGCUCAGACCUCCACCAGCAACAGCAGCAGCUCCUCCGACAUCUCCUCCUACUGAACCACACCUCCUCCACCUCCUCCACCUCCUCCUCCUCCUCCUCCUUCAGCCUCCAUCAGCCUCCAGCCUGAGGAACAGGAGGAGCUUUAAGGAUGAAUGUAGAGACCUUCACUGCUGAUCAUCUGGCUGGCCAAUGACGGGAGGAACCUGCAGGAUGUCACUUCCUGUGGGACUUUGUUCACUUCCUUCUUAAAGCCUCACCUUUCAUCGUUCUGUUCAGAACUUCCUGCUGCAGGUUUUAGGUUUUAGAUCAGAAUCUGUCGUCGUAUUUUAACGGUUAACGUGUCGGGGUCAGGGGUCGUAGACCUUUAAGUCUUUAAAUUAGAGGGCGUAGCCAAUCAGAGCAGGAGGCGGAGUCUCUAUGGCAACCAGAGAUGCUUCAGUUGUGACCACGUUGGAUCCAGAAAUGCUUCAGUUUUGAUCUAUUUGGUGAGAUUUUACCAAAUAAUUAAUGAUUAAUGAUUCCACACCUGUAAAUAUUGUGUUUCCAUGGAGACGCAGCUGAUGGCUGAUCCACAGCUGUUCAACUAUGCAUGAGCUGGAUGAAGGUCCUGAGGAAGACUACUGCUGGUCCCUCAGCGUAGCACUGAACUAUGGCUGCCAAUAAUCAGUAUUAGGAUUUAAAUAUUGAUCAUCAGCAGAGGAGCCGCUUUACACAAUGUGAAGUUUGAUCACUUUGAUCGAUCGACCAGCAGCCAAUCAGACUCAGCCUGAGAGACGGACCGACCAAUCAGCUGAGCUUUGCUCUGAUUGGCCAAUCAGUGUGAAGUCUGGACUUUAGCAAUAAUCAGAAACUCAGUGGGUUUUUCCUCAUCAGCACACUGGAUGGUUUAACUGCUGCUUCCACCGGGGGGCGCCACUGUUCACCUUAGUACUAUUAUUAUUAUUAUUAUUGUUAUUAUUAUUAUUGUUUUAGCUCUGCUGUUUAUUGACAGACGGCAGCAGCACCACAAUAAAUCUGUCACUCAAUAUAAACAACUCAGAAGAAAAGGAACUAGUUCACUGAUCUGAUGUAGUUCAUUCAUUGUAGUUCAGGGGAAGAACUGAAGUUUUAGAUUCAUUUUUAUAUUUCAAAAUCCUCAAACUUAAAGUUUCUUUUUGGGAAUAUUUCUUGUUUUUCUUCAUCACUACAUUCAAUUAUUUAAAGAUUUUAUUUUUAUUUUCUAUAUUUUCCAGGUUUUCCACUGACACAGCGCCACCUGCUGGCAGCAAAUCAUCUUUUAAUCUUAAACUAAGUUAGAAAAGUUGAGAAGCAGCUCAGUAAGUUAGAAAUGUGGAAAAGUUUUCCAUGGGUUUAAUUGAAGUUUUUGUUUUUUGAUGGUUUAUCAUAUUUCCAUCCGGUGCUCAGCUCCGCCGGAGUGGCCUAGUCAAAGUGCAGUCGCUGCAGCUGAUUUUCAUUUGCUUCACUCUGAGUUGACUCAUAAGGUUUAGUUCUGAAUUGGACCUGGAUCAGGACGGAGUCUAGACGCCGAGCAGCGGGCUGCUUCCUGCUUUCCUUCCAGAACCGUUUGGACCUUUCAGAACCUUCGGCCUGAUCUCAGUUCCUGGUUCCCCCUCCGGAACCGGGCUGUUGUUGUUAGCGUGUGCCUUUGGGUCGACUCUCCUGAACAGAACCAACAUGUCCGAACCGUUGCUAACCUUUGCUAAUGCUAACGCUAACACUGCGCUGCUGCUUUAAGGUGGACUGAAACUCAGAGUUGCUGUAAAUAAGCUGCAGAUGCAUGGCGCCCGACGCUUUGGGUUGGAUCCACCUUAUAUUUAAGUUCUGCUGGACAUAUUUAUCCCCAACAAUAAACAAUCUCUCUUCUAA